AUGUCACCUGAUCCUGCAGCUGGCAAACGAUUUAAUCUGCCUUUAAUACCUUGUACUGCAAUGACAUACAAAUUUUUGGCACCUACAAUGAAACGUUUUAUAUUAUAACAGCAUAAAACUCAACAACUUUUAUAUGAAAAACCUAAAUUUAAUUAAAUUGCACAGUUGUCCAGAAACAAAUAAUAUACAGUAUAAAUGAUAUACUGAUUGGCAUUAAUAUCUAAACUAAUGUUAUUUUACAUUUUAUGGAUUUAUUGUUCUUCUCAUUCUACAUUGUAAUAUAAUGCUUUUACUCAAAUAAGCAAUUAAUUAAUUAUAGAUAGAUAUAUAUAUAUAUACACAUAGAUAUAUGAACACUCGUAUAAUGAUAUAUGAUAAUGUUCAUUUUAAGUAUAAUUUUAGAAUUUAUUUAUAAAAGCAUUUAUAAAAGACGAAACAUAAGACUGGUAUUAAUGAAUUAACUGCUUAUAAUAUUCAUAGUAAAAUUAAAUCUGUAACAAAUAAUUAAAAUAUUCGAGUGACAACUAUCAACCAUGUGUUGCUUUUGAACAUAACAUAGCCAAAUUUUUUAGGUUAAGCGUUAUUUUUAGUUAAGCAGUUUUUCAGUUACUUACCAGUAUUAUCGGCACAAUUUAUGACUGCACCAACUGGUAAGCCCAGUGAUAUCCUAAAUUUUGCUCCAGCAGAACCACCUCGUCCUUAAAAAUAAUAAUUUCAUGUUACUCGUUGCUAUCGACACGUCCAACGAGGUAUCUCCAAUACGAUCAUUCACUUUUCCAGCUUCCAUCGUUAUUAACGAAAAAAUUAUUUUUCUAACAGUAUAUUGUAACGUUCAUUUAAUGUUUCCCCACUUCUUUUGAAAUUGAUAGUUCAUGUGUCGAUGGAUUUCUUUGGAUUUCUUUUCACUUCCAAAAACAACUUACCUCUCUUCGACAUUUUGCUCCGUUUAAAAGAGAAAGAAACUGCUGUUUACCACGCAUCACUCUUUGCGCAGUCACAAACAACUUCCGUUGCGGGAAUUAUGCAAACUAAAUAUUCAUAAUAUUUAAACUAAUUCUUUUUUUCAAAAGAUUAACACAAUUAUAUUCACGUGUUCCACAAAGUUAAAAGAAUAAAAUAAUAUUCUUUCUAAUAUAUUAUUACUGUGUGCUUAUGUGCGUAUAAUCAAAAUGUCCAAUUUUCACUUAAGAAUCUAAAGAUCUUUUCAUUUUGGAUUUAUAUGUUUUCUUUCAAGCAAUUUUAUAUUAAUUGAGUUAUAAUUUGUAUUAUUAAUUAUCAAAUAUAAUUACAUAAUUUUCGUUCUGAACUAUUAACAAAUUAUUUAACGUUAUUUAUUUAUAUAUAAUAUUAAUAACUAUUACAAAUUUAUUGUUCUUUUGCAUUUAUGUAUAUAUUAUUGAUAAAUAUAAUAUUUAAUAUAGUUCAAUUAAAAUUGACAAGCAUUAAUAUUAACACGACAUAUAAAUAUUUAAUACAUAUACCAUCACCAUUCAUAGUUAUUUAAUUAUAUUAUAGUUAUUUAAAUAGUAUAUAUUAUAUUAUUGUAUUAUUUUAAUUUUACAACAGAAUAUUUUAUAAUGAACUAUGUAAUUCUUAAAAUUUUGUUCGUUACAGUUCAAUUCGUUAUAAAAUACCGCACACCUUGUUUUGUCAUUUGUUGAUGUAAAGAAAUUAAAUUUCAUAUUGUAAUUAAUAUUACAUUUGUCUAGAUAAAAUGCCCCAUCCUCUGUUGGCAGAUUCAAUCACUCUCGAAUUAGAAGGUAACUCAUAAAACUUUGUUUCAAUACAUACUUUGAAUUAAAUUUUUCAACUACCAUAAAACUUAACCUUAGUUUUUCAAACUUAUAUUAUUAAUUUAUUUCCUCUUUAAUGCAUCUUUAAGUAAUGAUCAAAUUCUGCCUCAUUCGUAAGGCUGCAUAAUUCUGUCAUUGGUUUUUUGUCUUGUGAUUUCUUUUUUUUUUUUUUAACUAUACAAAACUGUAGUACUAUUGCUUCGAGGCUGUAAUUAAUAUUAUUUUUCUUUUAGCACAAGAGCCAUGGCCUCAGCUAAUUACUUUGUAUCAACCAUAUGAAGUUGAACAAAUAUUGUUACCUGACAAUGCAAAUUGUUUAGCUGUGCAAGCGUUUCUUAAAAUGUGUGGCCUUGACUUUCAGAUAGAACCAAAAAGCAACGCAGAAUAUAUGUCUCCGUCUGGUCGUGUACCAUUUAUUAAGUGUGGACAAUCUUUAAUAUCUGAUUUCGACUCUAUUGUAACAUUCAUAGGAAACAAAGGAACAAGUUUAUCGGAUCAUUUGUCUGCAAAUUGCAAAGCAGAUAUGAGAGCUUAUAUGUCAUUAGUGAAUAAUAUAUUUAUAAAUGCCGAGUUAUAUAUUUGUUGGGUUGAUGAAACAACUUUAAACGAGGUGACUAAAAUAAGGCAUGGAAGUGUAUAUCCAUGGCCAUUGAAUCAUUAUUUAAAUUGGCAAAAAAGAAAAGAGGUCAUAAAAAAACUCAGUGUAUUUGGCUGGUAUAAUAAAACAAUAGAAGAAGUAUGUAAGGAAGUUGAAACUUGCUGUACAGCAUUGUCAGAAAGAUUGGAAGGUAGUGAUUACUUUUCUGGAGAGAAACCUACUGAAGUAGAUGCUCUUGUAUAUGGUCAUAUCUGUGCCCUAUCUAUGAUCAAUCCUUCUCUUCCACAUACUGCUCAAGAGAUUACUGCAACUAUACAAGAAUUUCCUAAACUUCUUGAACAUGCAUCAAGAAUUGAACGAAACUAUCUGAAUAACUGUACGCUUGAAUCUCCUGUUUGUGACUUUGAAAUGACUCCCAACGAAUUGGAUGCCUUAGUUUUUGGACAUAUUUUUACAAUAAUCACAACAUCUUUACCUGGUAACAAACUAGCAAAUAUUGUCCAUAGCUAUCCAUUGCUAGUGCAUUUCUGCAAACGCAUUGAAAUUAGGUAUUUUCAGCGUUCGGAAGAUUAGGGGGAAUUUCCCUCGGGCUCUAGAUACGUCGAAGUUAUGUACUCUGAUAGUACCGAUAUGAAGUUCCUGUGCUAUGCACGCACUUUCGAUAAAAAUCAAAGUAAAAAAUUAAAGCCAAGAUUAUGUAACAUCUUAUAAACAAAUAUCUAAAGAAAGAGAUUUUCUUACGCUUUUUAAAAAAAUAACAAACUGUAAUUUUAAACAAUUUUAUUAAGCAUUUAUGAUAUAUAAUGUAUUAUGCAUAUACAUAUAUAUGUAUAUCAUGGAUAUACAAAUUAUAGUAAAUAAACAAAUGUUCAAUGUAUCUGAAGCCCGAGUCCAAAAAUUAGUAAGAAGUAGUAAAUAUAUAGAAGAUAAAGAAAAAUAUUGAUAGUUAACUUGUUGUAGCUGUUAAAUAUGUAAAUUAUAUUAUCGUUGAACAUAAAGUAUCAUUGAAUGUAUUACUCUAAAUGCAUAAUACUGCACGUGCCAUUUUUCAGCAUUUUUUCUCUUCAAGCGAUAGGGGUGAAAUAAAGUAACAAAAUGUUGGAGGCGAGAAUUAAGUAACGCAACUUUGGAGAUUUCCAAAUAUAUGUUCUCGGAAAACGACAGGAAUGCAUAACCAAUCAAGGUAUUCAUAAAUUAGACAUUUUACAAGAAAUAUUUGUGAAAUAUUAUUGAAAACGAAUAUAUUAAAUCAUUGUUUGUUUUCUCGGCCAUAAUUGUAUUUUUUAUCAGCAUUUAUUUUUAAUUUAAUUAAAUCAUUGAAAAGAAUUAUGUACAAUGACAACCAUUUUGAUAUUAAGUGCAACUAUAUGGCGUUAUUUGACAAUAAUUUUUAUCAUAAAAAAUGUAUAUAUAUUUAACUAAUAAUAUUUGUUACUUUGUACUUUAAAUAAUUUAUCCACAUUUUCUUUUAAUUUUAUUUUAAUUGAAAGUUUUUGUUAAUUACAUGAACUAAAUUAUACACAUGUGUAAAAAAUAUGUAUAUCAUUACUAAUGUGCAUUUCAAUACACAUUUACGUUACAUAGAUAUUUUUUACACAUAAUAAAAUUUUACUUUUCAUCUAGUCAGUUCAUUGUAGCCUAUUUUUCUCUGUAAAAUUGUCAAACAUUAAAUAUUGUAUGUAAAAUAAUAUAAUGAUGUAUAAUAACAAAAUGUUAAUUUAAUUAAAUGUAAGUUAUUGGAAUAAUGUUCGAAUUAUUUUUUUUUUUUCAUUUUUUAAACUGAAUUGGAAGAUGAAUAUUUAAUAUUGAUUACACAAUUGUGGAUUAUUUCCUAUAAAUAUUAACGUAUGUCUGUUACAUAUUUCUUGUCUCCAGCGUUUAGUUACAGUAAUCACUAAUUACAUUCACCUUCACAUUUUCCGUUAAAAUUUGUAUACUUAACAGAGAAAAUGUAAAUUUUCUGAUUUAUUUCAAAGUAUUUAUGUUUAAUGUCUUUACGUAUAGGAAUAUCGUUAAACAAACAGUGUUUAUCUUCUUAUUGCAACAAUUUAUAUCUGAAUAUAUUCAUUCUUUAGUGACAAAUAAAAGAAUAAAUAAUAUGAAGACUUACUUCAUAUGUAACAAGCAUUUUCCUCCCUACUAUUAUUAUUUUUAUUUAUUAAUAGUAUCUUUCAAUAACAAAUACUAUGUGAAAGCUACUAUUGUAAUAUGCAUGAGAAUACAAUUUGUUUAUUUAAAAAAAAAGCUGUUUGCAAAUUGUUAUUCAUUAAUAAAAUUGUAAGAACCUAUUUCACAGAAAAAGAAAAUACAUAUAGUGAUUUACAAUGAUAAAAUUAAAUUAGUGAAGCCACUUUUACUAUCGUAUGAUAUCAUUCGUAAAAGAUUAAAAUAAUCAACUCGAUGAAGUCUCGUUACAUAAAUUUAUAUCGCAGUAUCUUAACACUUUAGAGGAACUCAAUAAAUUAAAAGAAUAAAUAAAAAGGAAUUUAUCCAAUACAAAAGAGUAGUACGUUCCUUUAUAAUAAAGAUUGAUUUUGCACAUCUGUAAAUUCGUGAUGUGAAAGCACAUACAAUCUUGAAGUAUAGGAAACACUACAAGAUGUAACAUGUUUGCGGUUUUUACUAAAUUGUGUUUUGAUAUAAAUUUCUGGCUAUGAAUUACACGCAAUUCUAUAGUUCUAUUAGAUAUAGCAGGAUAUAACUAUAUAGUUGUCACACGCACGCUCAUACAGAUACGUACACAUCAGCAUAUACUCAUAAUUAAAAAAUUAUUAAUAUAUAUGUAUGUACUCAAAGAACUUGUAAUCUACACUGAUUUAUACUUGUAGUGCUCGGCUGAAAAAAUUUAAACGUAAUCAGUAUAUUUUUAAUAUACUGAUUAAAAAUAAUCAGAUUGAGAUCAUAUUUAUUUAUAACUAAACUUGAAUAUAGAAGACAUUGCAUCUUUCCACAAAACUAAAUAUAUAUAUAUAUAUAAUCA